GUCAACUAUGCUUGCGGUUUUCAUGUUACUCUCUUUGCAGAGAAAGGAGGAGGAGUGAGUGAUCUCUUUUUCCAGACCACGUCCUAUCCUAUACUCGCUUGAAUCCUUCUACUCCCUUCCCCCAAUCCCCCCCCACCCCACCUCUCUGUCUUCUUCCUCUUCUCCUUCUUCUUCGUCUUCCGUUAAUCUGAGACAAAGCGCCCCCCUUGUCCCAAACUCCAAAAUCCUGACUUGUCGCCGGCAUUUCCUCUCUCCACUGCCGCUCGGCUGCUGCUGUUCUCCUCGCACCUCACUCCUUGUGGCGGGCGAUCGACGAUGCUGCCCUCCAAAUCCAAAUCUGGUUUAUUUGAAGCUUCUGUCAACAAAGGCACACCGGCUACUCCUAGAGCUGGUAAACUAGGAAGGGCUGGAUCCGCCAAGGCAGAUCCAGCUUCACCUUUCUUGCAGCAGUCAUCCCGCCAUUCGAUUGAUCGAUCACCGAAAUCGGUUGAUUCGAGGCCGAAGACCACCACUCCUGAUAAGCAACCACGCACAGCAAAGGGAUCUGAGCUGCAGACACAGCUGAGUGCGGUUCAGGAGGAUCUGAAGAAGGCAAAAGACCAAUUGGCGUCUGUUGAGAAGGAGAAGAGCCAGAUUCUUGAGGAGCUGAAGUCUGCUAAGAGAUCUGCUGAUGAUGCGAACGACAAGCUGCAGGACGCUCUUGUUGCCCAGAGGAUAGCAGAGGAAGCUGCAGAGAUUGACAAGUUCCGGGCAGAUGAAUUGGAGCAAGCCGGUAUUGAGGCUGCACAGAAGAGGGAAGAGGAACGGCAGAAGGAGCUUGAUACUGUCCGAAACCAGCAUGCUGUGGAUGUUGCGGCGCUGGUCGCCACGACUCAGGAUCUCCAGAGGGUGAAGCAAGAACUGGCAAUGACGACCGAAGCAAAGAACAGUGCGUUGAUUCAUGCUGAUGAUGCAAUGAAGAUCGCUGAGAUCAAUGCAGACAAGGUGGAACUCUUGUCCAGGGAAGUUAGCCGCCUGAAAACCUUGCUUGAUUCGACUCUGGAGUCUAAGAACAAUGAAGCUUCAGAGCUAGUCGAGAAGGGAAUGGAUCUACAAGCUCAGUUAAACUUAGCUCAGGAGGACUUGAAGAAGACAAAUGAACAAUUGGUUUCUGUUGAAAUCGAGAAGACCCACAUUCUUGAGGAAUUAAAUGAGGUCAAGAGAUUGGCUGAUGAAGAAAAUGAGAAACUCGAGGAGAGUCUUGCUGCUCGGAAGAGAGCGGAGGAUGCUCUGGAAACUCACAAGAUUCGUGCAAGUGAGUUGGAGCAGGACAGCAUCAAGAGUGCUCAGAAAAGAGAAGAAGAGUGGCAGAAGAAGCUUGAAAGCAUUGAAAACCACCAUGCCUUGGACGUUGCCACAUUGCUUUCGGCUACAGAGGAGCUCGAAAAGGUGAAACAUGAACUUACAUUGGCAAUAGACGCAAAGAACACUGCCUUGAGCCAGGCUUGUGAGUCUACAAAGACUGCUGAAGCGAAUGCAGUGAAGCUGGAGCUCCUCUCAGGUGAAAUUACCCAUCUUAAAGCAUUGCUUGACUCCAAAAUGGAGUUAGAAUCUGAGGUCUUUGAAUUGAAAAGUGAGCUUGAGAAAGCAAAAGCUGCUGAGAGCAGGUUGGUGGAGUUGGGAGCAUUAAUCGAGGGGCUUAGAAUUGAGGUCACUGAUGCAAAGAAGGCUGAAUCUGAUGCAAGUCAUCUAAUGGAUGAGUGGAAAAAGAAGACCAAGCUGUUAGAAGUUCAACUGGAGGAAGCAAAUGAGUCGAGAAAAACAUCAUCAGAGACUCUUGCUUCUGCUACGAAACAGCUAGAGGAGAGCAGUGCAGUCUUGCAGGACAAAGAGUGCGAAGUUGCUGCUCUUCGAGGUCAGGUGGAAUCUUUGAAGCUUGAUGUUGCUAGGCACAAAACAGAACUUGAUGAAUCAAGUCAGUACCUUGAUAUAGCACAACAGGAAGCAGCGGAAUUGGGAAAGAUGAUUGUGGUUCUAAAAUCUGAGCUUCAGAUUGUGGAAGAGGCAAAAAUUCAUGCUCAGAGUAAUGAGAAAAUGGCUACUUUAAACAUUCAGAGCUUGACAGAGGAGAAGAACAAAUUGGAAAAUGACCUUGAUAUCACUCAGUCCGAACUUGAGAAAGUUAAGAAGGCAAUGGAAGGCUUGGCUUCAGCAUUGCAUGAAGUAUCAACAGAAGCACGUGAAACACAAGAAAAAUUCCUAAUCAAGCAAUCUGAACUGAAGAAUUCUCAUACUCAGAUAGAGGAGUUGAAGGUGACUAUCGAAAGAAAUCAAGAAAAUUAUGAGGUAACGCUGGAAAAAGCAAAACAUGAGAUAGGUUGUCUUCAAGAUACUGUUCAAUGUUUUGAAAGGGAGCUUGAAAAUUCGAGAUCUGUGUGGGACUCAAAAGCGCUCGAUUUCGUGAGUUCUAUCAAGAGAUCGGAGGAGGAAAUUAUCACCAUGAAAACAGACAUGGACAAGAUAACUGACUCACUGAAAGAAGCAGAACUCAGAGUAUCAGCUGCGAAAGAAGAGGAACUCCGGCUGUUGGAUAAGCUUAAGCAUUUGGAGUCCGAGGCAAAUGCUGCCAACAUUGUUGCAGAAGAAGCUAAGGCUGAGAGUUUGCUACUGAAGGAGAUGCUAUUGGACAAAGAGAAUGAACUGCAAAAUAUAAGUCAGGAGAAUGAUGACCUCAGAAUCCGAGAAACUGCAGCUCUGGAGAAGGUCAAAGAACUCUCUCAUAUGCUCUCUGAGGCCACAGCCAAGAAGCCCGAGGAAAAUGGGGAAAUAUCAAGCAACUCAAAACAGUCUGAUCAAACAAUCUCAGUUGAUCCCUUGGAGGAAAACACAGAUGAUCAGGAUGGAGAAGAAAAACCAGAAUCAGAAGUCCCAUCAGAGAAGCCCGAGGAACACAGCAUGGAUAAAGGAGUAUCGGAAGAAGAGAAGACGGACAACAGUGCUCAAGAGGAAGAAGCAUUAGAUGCAAGAGGUAAGACAUGGGAAAAUGGCAAGACAAUGGACAAGGAUUUGUCGACAGAUAGGGAGCAUGAGACCGAGUCGACAUACGAUGAGUUGGACUCAAAGACUGAUGGUGUUAGCUUCGAUGUGGCAUUCGGAUUGGCAAUGGAUAACAUCGAAAAUGGGGCGUCCUCGCCAGAUAAGCAGCAGCAGCAGCAGCAAAAGAAGAAGAAGGCUUUCAUGCAGAAAUUUGGGAGCCUCCUGAAAAAGAAGAGCAACCAUAAGUAGAAGCUUGUAAUAGCUGAGAUGGUUUGAGAUGCUUGUAAUAGUUUGAUGAUGGUCUGUGGGUUAUAUAUAUAGUGCUUGUAUCGGAAAUUGUUUGCUUCUGUGUCCAGUGAGCUAAAAUUUGGGUCUUCUUUCAGACCCCUUGUUUCACUGAUUUGGUUCUCAUGAAAAAGUUGGAUUACUUGUUCUGUCAUAUACCAGUUGAGCAAUGGAAACCAGUUCAUGUGUUA